AUGACAGAAACUGGUGGUCAGGAACAGUCAAGAUGGGUAACAACAAUUAUUAUGAGUACAGCUCUGCAGAAUCAUGAAAUUUCUACAGUGCUACAAAGACAACAUCACAGAGUUCGAUACUCAGAAUCAGUGGAAAUAGGAUCCGUGAUUUUUUCUCUUUCUGGUGUUGCAUUUAUACUGGCAGACACUCAAGACUUGCUUAUGACAGGGGAAGAACAGUUUUUCAAAAGAAUUCAGAAGUUCAUAAACAUUCAUCGGAACAGUUUUUUGGUUUUGUCAGCUGCUCUUCAUGGACCAGAAGAAUGGAAUGUCAUGUUUAGGAUUCAGACAAGAUUCCUAGGAAGUAAUUUACGAAUAAUACCAGUUCACAAUACUGCUGAAACUGUGAAGUUAAUGCUAACAAUAGCUAAGAUAACUUCCAAGCCACAAGCUGAUGAUAUUCGUUACAAAAUGGCAAUUACAAAAGCCCAUAUCAUAGAAAACAGUCCAGUUUGGAAGAUGCUUCAGGAGUAA